GCCAGCAGAGAAGUCCGCUCUCACUGCAUUCAUGUACGUGAUUUAACUAUUCCAUCGGCUUGUCAAGUCGAAACAACCAGCUUUAAAUUAUCACCCAAAUGAUUAACUUCUUUCUUACUCAGAAGGGAAAAAGCUCCACCAGAAUGAAGUUGCAGUUGCAGGUCUUCUGUUUGAUCUUUGCCACAAUCUGGGUAGGAUGCCUCUGUACUGUAAAUGCAGGCAAGGCCUCGAACUUCAUCUCUAAAGAAGGAUGCUUCACAACGCUAUUUCAGUUCGGGGCAUCGCUCUUCGACACAGGAAAUGCAGUCAUAGCGUUUCCGCGGCAGGCAUUUCAACCCACCAGGCUGCCUUAUGGCUCUACUUUCCCUGGCUAUCCCGCCAACCGAUUUUCAGAUGGAAAGCUCAUCAUCGAUUAUUUAGCGGAUGCUUUCAAAUUAGAACUGCUUCAUCCUUAUCUCGAAAGUGUGGGGUCUGAGGCGACGAGAAAAGCAGUUAGAGACUAUAGGGGAGGAGUGUGUUUUUCAGUGGCGAUGGCAACUGCACUAUCUGUGGAAGAGCUAAACUUCACAGGAAUUGGGAGCAAGAAAAUAGCGUUGAAUCCAUUUACCUCUGGUGCACAGUUCGAGUGGUUCCAAUAUUUCAGGAAGCGCGCUUUGGAAAGCGGAAACAAGUCUAAAGGAAAACUAAACUCUCUUCUACCCAGUAAAGAGGCGAUGGCAAACGCGCUUUAUCUUCCUGGAGAGUUUGGUGUUAAUGACUACCGCGUGGGGUUACUGUCUGGUCUAAGCGUUGCAGAGAUCAAGAAGAAAUUAGUGCCUUUGGUCGUUCUCAAGAUCGUCACUCUAAUCAAGAAGCUCCAUGGGACGGGUGCCGGGAAUUUCCUGGUUAUUGGGGUCCCACCACAGGGAUGCAGCCCAUUUUAUCUGACCGUGUUGAAUGGAAGCAAAGACGAAUAUAAGUGCCUGGUGGAGGUGAAUGAAAUCCAUCGCCUUCAUGAGACAAAGCUAAAGAUUGCACUGCGAGACCUGCGUGAACAGCUUAGGGACUCGAACAUAUUGUUUGCGGACUAUUACAGAGCGUUCAUGAGCGUAAUCAGACAUCCUGCAAAACAUGGAAUGAAAGUGAGAAAUGUUGCAUGCUGUGGUGCGGGUGGAGAGUACAACUACAAUCCUGCGGCUGUUUGUGGAACGAGCUCUUCAAAGCGAUGUUCAAAGCCAGAGAAUUAUGUGUACUGGGAUGACUUCCAUCCAACUGAUGCGCUCAACAAAAUAAUUGCAGCUAAAUUUGCGUCAGGGAAGUAUGUUGAACCUCCUAAUGUCUCGCUUGGCUGUUCCUGAGCGUCAAACCAAGGACCAAUAAUAUCUUCCUUAGAUGUCCUUGAUGGCAGGCCCCCUCUUGAUGGAAACAAAAGUGGCCUAAGAUAUCUCUAGAUCUAUAUGGCUCAAUCAGGCUAUUUCUAUGUCUUCUGGUUAUAUGAAGCUGUAGCUGUCUCAUAGGUUUCUAAACCUGAUCACUUGACCUUAUUAUUAUUGUACUAAAUGUUUUGAAGAUAACGAUGGGUAGAGUUUCUAUGUUAAAGCUUCUUUAUAAUAUUAUAUAUAAGAAUGGG